AUGCCGGAGCAGCAGAUAUGGUCGGCGAUGCCUCCUCUGGCCGGAGCAGAGACUGGACGGCAGAGUAUGGGCGGCGGCGGCGAAAUCCGUUUGGGCAACCACCCACGACACCUUCUCCAGCGCCCCGUCAAAAAAACCCCCCUGCCUCCCACUCCCAUCGUGAACCCACCGCCGCCUCCGGCUCCCACUCCCAAAUUGCCACCGCCGUCUCAACGAAGCCCCCCGCCACCUCCUAGUGUAAAGCCACCACCGCCGCCACAACCAAGCCCCCCGCCGCCUCCUAGUGUUAAGCCACCGCCACCUCCCACUCCCAAACUGCCACCGCCGCCGGCUCCAGUUGCACCGCUAGUUCCGCCGCCGCCACCGCCGGGCCCAAACCACACCGUGGUCAUCGUGGUGGUAGCCACCCUCGGCGGCCUUGUCCUCCUCGGUUUCCUUGCGGCGGCCGUGUUCUGUUUCCUACAGAAGAGAAAGAAGAAGCAGAAGGCGGCAGCGAGAGAAGGGCUGGCGGCGGACGUGGAGGGUCAUGUGGAUGGGCAGCAGUUACACGAAAGGUUCAAAAAGGAGGCGGCGUCCGACGUCGGUAAAACUUCACGCGGUUCCAGCCGUGCGAUCGGUUAG